UUAACAAAACUGGAAAAAGACCUGUGCCGUUAUUUUUACCGUACAGAGAUUAUUGCAAAACGAGGUCGAAUAUCUGCAGUACUGUUUCCAAGACAGGUGAAAGAAAAUAUCGACCUCCUGAUACGCAGCAGAAAUUCUCUAACAAACUGUUUCAAAAGUAAAUAUCUUUUCGCAACAAAAUCUGCAUCAUCGCAUAUUCGUGGGACAGAUGUAUUACGUUCGAUUGCAAUUGACUGUGGAGCUGAACAUCCGGAAAGGCUUCGUUCUACAAAGUUAAGGAAACAUAUUGCCACAAUGACUCAGCUUUUUAACUUGUCUGAAAAUGAAUUAGACAUUCUAGCUAAAUUUCUUGGUCACGACAUUCGGGUACAUAGAGAAUUCUACAGAUUACCAGAUGGAACCAUGCAGGUUGCCAAAGUCAGCAAGCUGCUCAUGAUGAUGGAAAGUGGACAAAUUACCAUAAAUUCUGUCAAUUCGCUAGACGAUAUUGAUGUUGACGACGAAUGUAUUGAAGAUGAACAAUAUUCUUCUGAAUCAUCAGAAAAUGAAAAUACUGAAGACCUCGAAACUCUUCUUCCCAGCCCCAGUCAACCAAAAAUAACAGACAAGGAAAAGGGUACUUCAAAUACCAGGAGAACAAAACAAGCAGCCAAAAAGCAAUGGAGUGAAAACGAAAAAGGAGCUGUUCACAGACACUUUGGUCGUUUUUUUGAUAAUGGGUAAAUUACCAGGGAAAAAAGAAAUACUUGCGUGUAUUGAAAGUGAGAAUGACCUUCACAACAGAAGUUGGAAAAAUGUCAAAGACGUUUGCAGAAAUUUAAUUGAAACAAAAAAGCGACGGGGACUUUUAACUCAAAAAAAUAUUACACAUAUAAUGCACGUUUAGGAGAAUACGUUAAAGGAUGAAGUUGCCACAUGUGUUUUGUGUGUUUUCUUGUUCUAUAUACUCUUUUCGAAAACGAUAUAUGUGUGCUUAUUGUAUUUGAAUGUUUUAUUAAUACUGUUCAGUCAAAAACGAUAUUUGUUCAUAAUCAUAUCGCCGAACAAAUUAGGAUUGGUAUAUAGUUCGGCCAAAGAGUGUUUCUUUGUACUUUCUAUUACGAGUUUCUACGAGUUACUCACUAUACAAGUUAUUUUUUACCCUAAACUUGGUGAAUAUGAAUGAAUAUAGCAAACAUGAUAACAAAUCAAUCUAGAAGGCUAAACGUUCAGAGA